GUGAGUAGAAGGAAUCUAGAAGAAAAUAAGUUUAAACACUUCGCUUUGGCUCACUUGCCUGGGUUUCAGCUGCAGCUACUGUACUUUGAUACUGAAGAAGCAGGGCUAGAUAUUUGCAAGUCCAAGCAGGAGGGCUGCAAGCCUGCAAAUCUAACAGCUGGAGAGUGUUGUGGUGGCUGCUUUCCUGUGGUAAGCUGAUUUACUUGUUUAAGGUCUGACCUCAUCAUCCUGUCAGCAUGGGUUCCCACCUACACUGUUAGCUGCAGCCUUCUGCUUCUGCUAGAAGGCUACAAGUAUUCACAGUGUAUCAUAGGCAGUGGGGGAGGGGAGAGAAAGCAAGAAAGACUGCUCUCGGCACUUGUGCUUUUGUUAGUUCUACAGAAGAGGCAGAAAAACAAGAGAUAACAAAGGCUCCGUUUCCUUUCUGUGAGAGAAGGCUUUUGUCUUUCCUCCUGCUACGAUGUCAGUGUCUGGCAAGAAAGAGUUUGAUGUGAAACAGAUCCUAAGGCUACGCUGGAGGUGGUUUAGUCAUCCUUUUCAAGGUUCCACCAACACUGGAAGCUGUCUUCAGCAGGAAGGAUAUGAGCAUAGAGGGACCCCGGUUCAGGGCAGGUUGAAGAGCCACUCUCGGGACAGAAACGGACUGAAGAAAAGCAACAGUCCUGUCCACCACAAUAUACUGGCACCAGUGCCAGGACCGGCCCCUGCCCAUCAGAGAGCCGUUCAGAAUUUGCAGCAACAUAAUCUGAUAGUACAUUUUCAAGCAAAUGAAGAUACUCCUAAGUCAGUUCCAGAGAAGAAUUUAUUCAAAGAAGCUUGUGAGAAACGCGCACAAGAUUUGGAGAUGAUGGCUGAUGACAAUAUAGAAGAUUCUACAGCAAGAUUAGAUACACAACACUCUGAAGACAUGAAUGCCACCAGAUCUGAAGAGCAGUUCCAUGUUAUAAACCACGCAGAGCAAACUCUUCGUAAAAUGGAGAACUACUUGAAAGAGAAACAACUAUGUGAUGUGCUACUGAUUGCAGGACACCUCCGCAUCCCAGCCCAUAGGUUGGUUCUCAGUGCAGUGUCUGAUUAUUUUGCUGCAAUGUUUACUAAUGAUGUGCUUGAAGCCAAACAAGAAGAGGUCAGGAUGGAAGGAGUAGAUCCAAAUGCACUAAAUUCCUUGGUGCAGUAUGCUUACACAGGAGUCCUGCAGUUGAAAGAAGAUACCAUUGAAAGUUUGCUGGCUGCAGCUUGUCUUCUGCAGCUGACUCAGGUCAUUGAUGUUUGCUCCAAUUUUCUCAUAAAGCAGCUCCAUCCUUCAAACUGCUUAGGGAUUCGAUCAUUUGGAGAUGCCCAAGGCUGUACAGAACUUCUGAACGUGGCACACAAAUACACUAUGGAACACUUCAUUGAGGUAAUAAAAAACCAAGAAUUCCUCCUGCUUCCAGCUAAUGAAAUUUCAAAACUUCUGUGCAGUGAUGACAUUAAUGUGCCUGAUGAAGAGACCAUUUUUCAUGCUCUAAUGCAGUGGGUGGGGCAUGAUGUGCAGAAUAGGCAAGGAGAACUGGGGAUGCUGCUUUCUUACAUCAGACUGCCAUUACUCCCACCACAGUUACUGGCAGAUCUUGAAACCAGUUCCAUGUUUACUGGUGAUCUUGAGUGUCAGAAGCUCCUGAUGGAAGCUAUGAAGUAUCAUCUUUUGCCUGAGAGAAGAUCCAUGAUGCAAAGCCCUCGGACAAAGCCUAGAAAAUCAACUGUGGGGGCACUUUAUGCUGUAGGAGGCAUGGAUGCUAUGAAAGGUACUACUACUAUUGAAAAAUAUGACCUCAGGACCAACAGUUGGCUACAUAUUGGCACCAUGAAUGGCCGUAGGCUUCAAUUUGGAGUUGCAGUUAUUGAUAAUAAGCUCUAUGUCGUGGGAGGAAGAGACGGUUUAAAAACUUUGAAUACAGUGGAAUGUUUUAAUCCAGUUGGCAAAAUCUGGACUGUGAUGCCUCCCAUGUCAACACAUCGGCACGGCUUAGGUGUAGCCACUCUUGAAGGACCAAUGUAUGCUGUAGGUGGUCAUGAUGGAUGGAGCUAUCUAAAUACUGUAGAAAGAUGGGACCCUGAGGGACGACAGUGGAAUUACGUAGCCAGUAUGUCAACUCCUAGAAGCACAGUUGGUGUUGUUGCAUUAAACAACAAAUUAUAUGCUAUUGGUGGACGUGAUGGAAGUUCCUGCCUCAAAUCAAUGGAAUACUUUGACCCACACACUAACAAGUGGAGUUUGUGUGCUCCAAUGUCCAAAAGACGUGGAGGUGUGGGAGUUGCCACAUACAAUGGAUUCUUAUAUGUUGUAGGGGGGCAUGAUGCCCCUGCUUCCAACCAUUGCUCCAGGCUUUCUGACUGUGUGGAACGGUAUGAUCCAAAAGGUGAUUCAUGGUCAACUGUGGCACCUCUGAGUGUUCCUCGAGAUGCUGUUGCUGUGUGCCCUCUUGGAGACAAACUCUACGUGGUUGGAGGAUAUGACGGACAUACUUAUUUGAACACAGUUGAGUCAUAUGAUGCACAGAGAAAUGAAUGGAAAGAGGAAGUUCCUGUUAACAUUGGAAGAGCUGGUGCAUGUGUUGUAGUGGUGAAGCUACCCUAAAGCUAUCUAUCUUUAUCAAAUGGAAUGAAACUGGAUAAUUUCAAGAAACUGAGUAGGACAAAGAGAGAAAGAAAUACAUGUUCUUUUUCCUGCAAUUAAUAAUCAGACUGGAAAAUUGUUGUAUCAUUUUAAUUUGUAGUUACAAUUGCUUUCAUUCGUGAAGCCGAAACGUUUUUAAACAUGAAUUACAUAUGAAUUAUUAAGCAUAUGUGCUUUCGCAGCUGAUAAUAUAAAAGGAAAUCCCAUAGUCUAGAUAUAGCCCCAUUACUACAAAAUGCUAAAAUAUUUAAUGAAAAUUGAUGGUGGCCACAGUGUGCAGGUUAUAAAAGCAUUAAUACAUUUCAAGGUAAGAGCCUUAGAAGUUAAAAACAUUUUCAGUUUUUUUUAAAAAACGUACUCUUAUUAUCUGGAACAUAGAAAUAUAAAAGGUAACAUCUAAAGCUUAGAAUAGUGUGAUUUUUAGUAAGCCAUUAUUCUCCUAUUCAAAUAAUAUCCCAAAGAGCUAAACAAUUCCUUACAUUUACCAAGAGGAAAGCUUUUACUGUGUUGAAGCUAAAAAAAAUAAUGGCUCUUUGACAAAACUUGUUAUGUUCAUCACGGUAUGUCAAAAUUUUUACAGGUUUGCUCAUCUGCCAGAGCACACAUAUAAAUUUGGUAUUUCUUAACAUAUUAUCUUGUUAGAUUUGUUAUCAGUAAAAUAUUACUGUAAUUUCAUAUACACAGUCUAUACAAUGAAAUAAUGAAUAUUUAUCAUAUUGAUACAAACUGUGACCUCAGCUUCAGAGUGUCAGGGCCUCACUUGUAUAGAAUGUAAUGUUCUCCUCAAACAUUUAUGUUAACUCUAUAAACAAAUAUUGUUAAGUUAAACAAGUUUUCAAAAACAAAACAAUUUUUAAAGUACCUUAAAAUUGAGGAUGUUACUCAGUGUUAACAAAUGGGAACACCAAAAUAUUCAAUAAGCCUGGUCAAUUCUAUAGUUAUCUUUUUUGUACCAACACAUGCUUUUCUGUUACUGUUAUAUUAUCCAGUAGAAAAUGUUAGGAUAUGUGUGCUAUAUAUAAAAAAAAAGACUUGUUAAGUUGUAAAAUAACAAAAAUGGCUAGUUGAAUAGUAUUUUAUGUGUAAUUCUUCCAUUUAUUCUGUUUAAUUAUACAACUAAGAUGAAAUAUUGAAAAACCCUUUGUGAAAGUAACUUUUCAAGUAAAUGCACAACUUUAGAAUUUCUACAAAUAAGUUCUUUUAAACAGUCUUUUUAUUGUGGAUUGUGAAAUCAAAAUCUGGAGAAAUGCUUACAAAAUAUACUACUAGCUUUUAAGUUUUAAGAAAGAACAACGUAAGUUGUGCAAAGAUAUUUGUACUUUGACAAACUGAAUUUAAAUAAACUUUAUUUCCUCUCACUAUAGUGUGGCUUUAGAAUAUACCAAGUACAACCUGAA